CAUCCGUGUGUGGUACUGAGGCUUCCUGCAGAAACACACUAUUAUACAUUAUAAUAACGCGAGUAUUUUAAGUCUAUAUUAUACAAUGCUGCAGCUGAAUGACACGGUGGAACCGGAGAGUCCGGGCGCCGCGGUGCUUCACGCUGUGGGAGUAGAGGAAGCGCUGGACGGGUUGGAGGUAGCGUUCAGUCCGGGGGUUGAGGCCCAGCCGGGUCGCGGCUUCGGAGCUGCUGUUGCGUGCUGUUCUCCGCUUCAAAAACUCACUCCGUUUCAUGUUCAUAACCCCACCAUGCAAGCUAAAGUCAAGGAUUAUUUCGUGUUUAGGCCAGGAACCAUAGAGCAGGCUGUGAACGAAAUCCGAACUGUGGCGUUGCCUUCAGAAGAUGGUGAAGUUCUGAGUGUAUGGCUCUUGGCAGAAGUCGAUCACUGGAACAAUGAAAAGGAGAGACUGGUGCUCAUAACAGAGAGGUCCUUGCUGGUUUGCAAAUAUGACUUCAUAAACCUGCAGUGCCAGCAGGUCAUCAGAAUUUCUUUAAACGCAGUCGACACAAUUUCAGUCGGGGAGUUCGAGUUUCCACCGAAAUCGCUCAACAAAAGAGAGGGCAGCGGCCUCCGCGUGCAUUGGGAUAAACGGCCCAGGCCUUCUUUUCUAAACCGCUGGAACCCUUGGUCCACCGACAUGCCCUACGCCACCUUCACAGAGCAUCCGAUGGCCCACGCCGACGAAAAAGUGGCUUCUCUCUGUCAGCUGGAGAAUUUUAAAACUCAGCUGAUUCAGGCGGUAAAGAGAGCGCAUAAGGAGUUCCCCAUCCCGGGCAGAUCUAACGGGGUGCUGCUGCUGGAGCGGCCUCUACUGAUCGAGACCUACCUGGGUAUCAUGUCCUUCUUCAACAACGAAGCGAAACUGGGCUACUCCAUGACCAGAGGCAAAAUCGGCUUUUAGUUCAUCGCUGGUCGCUCGUUUUACCCGUUGAGCUUCGUGAGUUUCUUACGUGUUGCUUGCAGGAUUUCAGUGGGGUAUAAAGUGUGCCUCAAUGUCAGUAUGACUCCCUGACUCUGCAGCAUGUGCCUGGAAGCAUCCAAUGCCAAUGUUUCUGGGUUUACUUUACUGGGCUGUGCCAUCUCGCUUCUUUUUUUUCCGUGCCCCACUGUCCCAAGUGUUUUUUAAACGGCUUGUGAGAUGAUUUGGAGUUUAUGGUGCGGGGCUGCUUUGUGCGGAGCGACAAUGGAAGUAUUUGCCAUGAUGACCCUGUGGUGUUGUGCAGGAUCUGUGCCAUGUUUUUUUUUUUAAGUGAUCAUUUAAGUGAUACUUGAGUAUCACAAUAUCUUUGCAGGUGAAAAGCCAUCAUUUCAACAGCUAUUUAUUGUGUAUGUAAAUUAUGGACUGUUUUUUUUGACUGAAGGCAGCAGCUCUGUGCUUUACUUUAUAAGUUAGAUAUCCAUAAGAUACAUUAUAUGGCCAGAAGUAUGUGGACACCCCUCCUAAUUAUUGAGUCCAUGUGUUUUAGCCUCACUUUUGACAUUUUUGACAGAAAAUGUAUUUUAUGCUUUCAACUUUGCGGCAACAGUUCAAGGAAGGCCCUUCCCUGCUUCAGUUCUACUGUGGCCCUGUGUAAAUUGCUAGACAGUGUAAUGCACAUAGGCCAAAUCCGAGAGCUUAAAAGACAUAUGAUGAUUGUCUUAAAAUACACUGUAAAAUCAUACAUAAACGGCAUCUCCCACAAUGCACGCCGAUUUUAUUACCCGCAAAGUGACCGCAUCCUGCCACUCAAUGGCAGUGUUUCCAAAUCAGUGCUUAACUGAGGCGGCUUUCCAACAAGUGAUGUUGAGAAAUAUUUACAAAUAAUCCCAAAAUUUUUACAUUUACAUUUACAUUUUUUCAGCAUUUAGCAGACGCUUUUAUCCAAAGCGACUUACACAGUGAGCGGAACACAAUGAGCAAUUGAGGGUUAAGGGCCUUGCUCAGGGACCCAACAGUGGCAACUUGGUGGUGGCGGGGCUUGAACCGGCAACCUUCUGUUUACUAGUCCAGUACCUUAACCACUGAGCUAUCACUGGCCCAAAAUGUACAAGAAGAGAAAAUUGAAGCAGAAGGAGGUAAUUUAAUGACAGAUGGGAAAGUGAAUACAAGUUUGUGCUUCAGGAAGAAAAACCAGUAUGUCUCUUGUGUUAUAAGGCCGUGUCUGUGGUAAAGGAGUAUAAUAUAAAUGUAGAUAUACAUUAUAAAUAUACAGUAUAAAUUUGGCAUUUUGACACCAAACACAGAAUUUAGCCUCCGAGAAAAACGACAGUUUGUACAAGACUUAAAGGCAGACUGCAAUCGCAGCAGGAUACGUUACAAUCGGCCCUUUGAGGGCCACCAUAAUGCAGAUGUGGCCCUCGGUAAAACUGAGUUUGAUACCCAUGGUGUAAUGGAUUUGGUGUGAAGUAACUUUGGUGGCUGACCUAAACACUACUGAAGUCCCUAGGAAGAAAUAAGAGAACCUUUUUGUCCUGCUUCAAUGCCUGACCUCUCAGUUGCUCUGACAUCAUGGGCACAAAUUUCCAGACACACUUCAAAAUGUUGUGGAUAGCCUUCUCAAAUAUAAAUAAAUAUUUUAAAAAAAUAGUGGGGGCCAGCAUUUAUUUAUGCCCAUGGUUAUGUGUCCACAUACUUUUGGUCAUAUGGUGCGGACAAUAUGAACAGACCAGAACACGGUUUACACCACAGUCUUGUAAGACACCAUCAGAACCACAUACUAUUGUUAAAGCUGCAAAAUAACCCCAGAAUCCCCAGAAUUACUGGGCGCAACGCCGGUCCAUCUUGGGGCUUUGGCCAACACCCAGUGAACUCAGUAUAGUUCUAAACUAUAAAGAUGUAGAUACAGGAUUGGGCAGUAAUAAAGGAAAAGAAUUCAGAAUACCCAUUCAGGACACAGAAUAAUGUAUUUUGUUUAACCCAUGAUGCAUUUUUAAAAAGCAUGGGAUGUUCAAUAAGCUCAUGGCCCGGUGUCCACAUACUUUUGGCCAUACAGUGCAUUAAAACGGUGUAUUCAGUAUUCACACAUAAUGCUUCUGCGCUGCGCGAACAUACCAAACUCAAUGUCUGAACAGACUGGCAUGCAGGUGUAAAAACAAAAAACAGCUUCGGUUGCUAGUGUUCAGUUCUGCUCAGGUCAGUCUGUUUUUUAAUUAAUAAAUUUUUUUAAUUAUCAAAACAUUGCUUAAAUUGUUGCAGAUAUUCAUUAAGAACUGUAAAAAAUGGGUUCCCUAAUGUUUUUAUUUAUGUGCGCACUUUCAUUUCAAGUCACAAUAAUGACACUUUUUAAAUAAUUUUUGGGGGAUGGGGGGGGUGUAUAUAAAUGUCUUUGCAUGUGAACUGUGCAUGCAGUUUCCUGUUUGUGAAAAGUCCGGUUCUAUGUGUAAAACGUUCAGUCUGAUAACAGCUUCCUAUCACCUGUCACAGGAAUACACACGUGAUUAUGUACAUCCAAUGUUAACUAUGACUACUGCUCAGUUUCUCCACAACUUACUGCUGGAAGCGGUUCCAAAACCAAAUGAAUCUCACUAGCACCUACUGUUGGAUUUUAGCAGCUAGCGGAUAUAGCUAAUGCUAAUAUCUGUUCUCUGAGUUUGUACUAUAGCGAUAUGCUGAAAGUUAUUAAAUUGCCUCUACAUUCUUUUA